AUGGUUGGUCUAUCAUCCGUGUAUAGAUCUAACGACAUUGGCCUCCAUUGCAUUCAUCUAGAAAUGCAAUCUAGACCAUAUGACGAAGCUGCAAGGUCAGCAGAUCGGAUUGGAGCCUCCUGCAGGCUGCAUUUGUGGACCGUAGCAUCGGAGCACCACGGCAGCCGAGCAGCGCCAUCACCGUACGUGCCUUCACUCACCAUCCAACCUGAAG